AUGAGUAAUGUCGAGAUACCAGCUGGUCUAAAAGAGCUCUUGCAGGGAUACACUGUGGAGGUGCUUCGCCGCAGGCCGCCAAACUUGGUUGAAUUUGCGGUGCAGCAUUUCACACAAGUUCUGGAAAACCAAAGGAAUGACCAACGAGCCAAGAAACACAGCGCCAAACCAGCAAGAAAAGGUGUCACCUUUGAAAUAAACAAGUCCACAAAGGAUGAUGACGAGGAGGCGGAGGAGGAGGAGGAGGAUACCAUUAAGCCCACCACCGGCAAAUACAAUCGCAGAGUUUCAGUUUGUGCAGAGGCGUACAACCCUGAUGAUGAUGAGGACGACGAUGCAGAGCCUCGGGUUGUGCAUCCCAAAACAGACGAGCAGCGUCGCAGACUUCAGGAUGCAUGCAGAGACAUUUUACUGUUUAAAACAUUGGAGCAGGAGCAGUUCUAUGAGGUUUUGGACGCCAUGUUUGAGGUGCUGGUCAAACCUCAGGAGCACAUCAUAGACCAAGGAGACGACGGGGACAAUUUCUAUGUCAUAGAGAAGGGUGUGUAUGAUAUUUUUGUGCAGAAGGACGGAGUCAGUGUUUGUGUUGGAAAAUACAACAACAAGGGGAGUUUUGGUGAGCUGGCUCUUAUGUACAACACGCCACGAGCUGCCACAAUCAUUGCAACGAAUGAAGGCGCCCUGUGGGGCCUGGAUCGAGCCACAUUUCACAGACUGAUCGUGAAAAACAACGCGAAAAAAAGGAGGAUGUACGAGGCCUUCAUCGAGUGUGUUCCUCUUCUGAACUCUCUUGAGCUCUCUGAAAGAAUGAAGAUUGUUGAUGUUUUGGGAGCACGAGGAUUCAAAGAUGGAGAUCGCAUAAUAACACAGACGAAGGCUGGCCAGCAGGAUAAUGCAGAGGUUGAGGUGGCUCGUUGCUCUAGAGGGCAGUAUUUUGGGGAACUGGCACUAGUCACCAACAAACCGCGAGCAGCAUCUGUUUACGCUGUGGGAGAAACCAAAUGCUUAGUAAUUGACAUCCAGGCCUUUGAGCGUUUGCUGGGUCCCUGUAUGGACAUUAUGAAGAGGAACAUCUCCCAGUAUGAAGACCAGCUGGUGGCACUGUUUGGCUCCAGUGUAGACUUGAAACACUAGUACACAAAAUUCAUUACCAGCAUUUCAGUAUAACAUAGUAGAAUUGCAUGUCUUAUAUGUCUUAUAUGCAGUAAAAUGUACUGUUUCUGUACAACUCUGCUGCUACGAGGUAAAUAUGUUGUGAGUAGAAUACACCAUGUUUCUUAUGUGACAAUCCUGAUAAUCACCCAGAGGACAUCUAUGCAACUGUAAUACUCAAAUGAAGUCAGACAAACAGGUGAAACUCCAGUUAACCCACUGACAGUCCAGUUCAAUGGGAGGGAUUCAUAACCCAUUAUACAGUACCUUACCUUCAAAUUCUGGACUGGUUGAUGAUCGCAAGAAAAUGUCAUAACUUUUUAUGAAGCUUUUCAUCAGAUCCUUUUAUAAAGCUCCUGGUUUGAAAAUUUCAACUUUCAAAUUAGCUCAAGCUUUCACAAGAACAAAAUACUGAACUGCCCAAAUAGCCACGUUGUCACUGACCAGCCAGACCUAAAAAUAACUGCAACAGUGGCUCAGUUCCACUGUAACUUUAGUUACAGUUUUUGCAAUUGUUGUGCACAUACACACUGUCAUGUUCAUUUGCUGUUACUGUUCUGGCCAAUCACUGCCUUCAUUAUUUAAUUAUACAAGGUGCUGUGCCAUUUCCAUUUGCACUCAGCAAAAAAAGUUGUUCAUGUAAACCUAGAUAUACUCAGUUG